CGGAGCGCCGGGCCAGAGGAAGGCAUGUGGGCUCUGCGGCUCGCCCGUGUCUUCCGCGCGGGGUUUUGCUCCCAGGCUGGAGUUCCUGAAGGGGGUCUCCCCGCGCCGCCUAGGGAAGCAGGGGCUCCCCGGAAUAAAAAAGUAACUUUGGAAUUGCUUGAUCACCUGGAGCGCCUGGCACUUGUUGAUUUCCGCAAUCAGGAAGGUGUGGAGCGUUUGGAGAAAGCCAUUGAAUUUGCUGAAAAACUCCAUGCAGUUAAUACAGAUGGAGUAGAGCCGAUGGAUUCAGUACUGGAAGACAGGUAUCUGUACCUCAGGGAAGAUGAAGUCACAGAAGGCAACUGUGCAGAGGAGCUACUGGAGAAAGCCAAGGAGACCGUUGAAGACUAUUUUGUAGCUCCACCAGGUAACAUCCCUUUACCAGAGCUUGAAGACAGAAAGAGUUUCCUAUGGAAAGAAGAGUCCUAGGCUCUACAUCAGAUGCCACAAUAGACUUCUUCAGCAGCCGGCAUCUACUCCAUGAAGCUGCAUCCAGGAUAAACCUUCACCACAUCCCUUCUGCAACUUGACCUUUCUCUCUGAAAUGACUGCUGUUUCUGUACUGCUUAGGCCUAAGUUAUUAUUGACUCUGGCAUUUUAAAAUUGUGUAUACAAUCCAACAAUGAAGGCAACAAUCCAACCCAGAGUUAAGUGUCCUUAAACCUGUUUAUUUCAAUUGGCUUCAGAUGUACCCAACACCAUUUUUAGUUAUGGCCAAAAGAUUUUCACAACCAUAACCCUUUCGCCCGUUCAAAAACAAAACACCCAAAACCAAACUUUCUACUUCUGAAGGGGAAAUGGUUUUAGAAAAAUGACCGAGAAACCAGAUAGCAGAAUGUAGAUUUCUUAGCUCUGAAUAUUGAAAGGACAGUGAUCAUGGCAGGGACCGAUGUGUCACUGUCCAGUGUUCUGUGUCUGGAUAAGCAGACUGACAUAUUUGGGGAGCAGAAUCUCAAGGCUAUCCAGCUGUCAAAGGUGCCCAAGGAUGGAGUGGCUGUCUGUGAUGCGCAGAAUGAUACGAGAUGAAAGAGGGGAGACAUAGACUUCUGGCAGUUUCUUCCUAUCCAGCCCAAGAGAGAUUCUGGGCUAGCCCACACCUCUCAAAACAUGGGAGAAGUAUAGGGGUGAUGUUUAAUGGUACCAUAGAUUCAGGGAACAAGUUGUAUCAACAGUGUUUCACAGAUAGGUAUACGCAUAAAGGAAACACUAUUUUAAAAAAACACACACAUAAAAACUUGUGAGAAGUAGACAACAGGCAACAGUAGACAAUAGGAUCUCUGUUUUCCUGGGGAACAUAUGGCAGACCUUUAGAACAAGCAUGUUGCUCAGUGGUAUUUGUGAUACUAUUCUAACAGAAUGUUGCUGUAGAGUUAAUUCAUGAGAUGGGCUCAUGGUUGGUUACUUACAAAACCUAUGAGAGCAGACUAGUAAUAUUUGGCUCAGAAGGGGAAUCAAAAGGCACUGGAGCACAUUAUCCUCAACUAUACAGUAUUUGUCAUUUUCAAAUUGGCAUAUGAAUUUCUGCUUCAGAAAAGGAUACUAGUUUUCAAUAUACUGUUGAGCUGUAUGUAAUAAAUAAUUUGCUGAUCCGAA